AUGCCUAUCAAGGUGCACGUGAAUAUUACUGUCGAGUUCGCCGGUAUUCAGUGUCAAAUACACUAUGGCGACUUCCAGGAAGACAAACACAAGCCGGGGCUCAUAGAAAAUCUUAAUGAAUAUCUACCGGAGCAGUAUUCCAGCUCUUGGGGUAUCGAAAAGAAGAUCCUGAAGGAGUUUCGGAGACACCAUGGCCUCAGCCAAAUCGAGGCGAAGUUUCUCUACACGAAAACAGCUAGGGACUUGCCUACGUACGGAGUUACAUUCUUCUUGGUUAAGGAGAAACAGAAAGGCAAAAAGAAAUUGGUGCCGCGUCUGUUGGGCAUAAAUGCGGAGUCGAUCCUGCGUCUGGACGAGGUGACUAAAGAGAUACUGCAAGUGUGGCCGCUCACACAGGUCAAGACAUAUCAUGCCGGGAAGACAGAGACCUUCACACUCAACUUUGGAGAUUAUAGUGACAAAGAGUAUAGUGUGAAGACCAACGACGCCCAUCGGAUCCGUGACAUACUGCAAGGUUACAUAGACAUCAUCAGGAAACGUAUGGAGGCCAACUACAACUUGAACCAGACUGAACACUAUGCCAUCUGCGAAGAUAAUGUUCAAGCGUCGAGGGGUCAUAUAAUGGAGCGCAUAGAACACAAGCCGAGUAAAAUCGUGGAAGAAUCAUUUGUCGGUCCCAGUCAGAUCUUCACAUAUGAACCGGGUAGAGCAAUAGCACAAGGCACGCAAAUAGUCACGGUGCAACAGCUCGUGAUAAACGCUAAAGGAAACAAUCAGCAGACCGUCCUAGUCGGAGAGGUGCCGAUGCGCAAGGGCAUGUCUUUGGAAUUCGUGAGAAAACUGAACCGGCUCAAUUCCAACUCCGUCAAGAUUGUUACUCUACUAACUGAGCCAAACCAAGCUAAUUUGUCGGAAGCUGUUAACAUUUUCAAUAGUAUGGACGCCGACAUGCCGAGUCUAAUUGAGGGUGUCAAUGAAGCUGCAGAAAAAGAAACCGACGAGGAAGCCAAGAAAAAACUGCUUAACGAUCUUCAGGAACUUGUAGACCACAUGAGAGCUCUGUCUGAUAAUAUCAAUACUAAUGUUAAUCCAGAAGAGGCACAGGAUAUAAGUAAAAGGAUCGCGGACUUAUCGAUACAGAUGUGUUGCGCUUUGGAUCCAAGAAUGAAGAAACGUGGCGAGUUCUGUAGGCGAUCGCGUAAGAGUUUCAUAAAGGAUGAAAAAAUGGAUGCUAGUCUUCGACGUGCCUCAUGUUUAGUGGCCGCUCAGCAUACAACUGAGACUAUACAACAAGUUAAACAACAUUUAGAUGAGGAGUAUCAAGGUCCAAAAUUGGAUCCAGCAGAUGUGGAGGAACUGGAGAAGUCAGCUGCUAAUAAAAUGGCCAAACUCAACGCGGCCGUGGCUUUAAACCUGAUGGCUUAUGCAGAUACUCAGAAUAUUGAUUACGCAGUCGCUGUGACUUCCAUGAACACCAUCAACGAACUGUUGCCUAAACUUGCUAAAGCAAUUAUUGAUAUUGAAUUUUUGAUAGAUGCCAAAGCUUUGGCCAGCGUGAAAGAUGGUAAGGAUCGUGAGGCCUUCCUGGAGGCAAUACAGUCGCUGUGCGAUGCCGUCAAGUUGGUUUGCCUAGCUGCAGACCCUGAUGACUAUCAGAAAAUGCAAAAUGCGGUUAAAGACUAUGGCCGAGCUUCAGAUAAAUUGCUGUUUACAUUCCGACGUGGUGGCAAUAGGAAUACAGAUAAAGAGAAAGAAAUUUUAGAUCUCUCCAAAGAAGUUGCUGAGAAGAACAAACUGUUAUUGGAUAAGAGUAAUGAGCUAGCCGGUCUGGUGUCCGAACCUGAGGCUGCCAUGUUGGAGGACGCUAGCGGUCGCUGCGCUCAAGCGGCACGAGACAUUAUAACUUGCGCCGAGCUGAGUGCGGCGUGUAUAGCUGAGCCCCACUGCAGGAGUGCAUUGAAAGCAUCAGCUGAGAAUUUGUCGUCGUCAGUGCAGCACCUCGCGCUCACGUGGAGGCCCAUGCUCGAACGUGACGAUACUAAACACUUGGCGCCGCAACUGCGAGACCGAACUAUGGACUUAGCUAAGGCUUUGGACAAACUCAAAGGCGCAUUUGCGGGGAUGGACGAUGUUCCAGAGGAACCGGACAAAAGGAUGGUUAAUCAAAAAGUAAUGUUUGUCAAGUCAGUUGCCGCAGCUAAAGAUAAAAUGAAUGCAGCAGAGACGGAAUUUAAUGUGCCACUUACUGAAGUAUCGAAAAAUGAAACGGAAGAAGAAAUACAAAACAGACUAACGCAGAAGUUGGCCCAACUGAAUGCUGCGUUGGCUGCUCUGGUCACCGCUACUGCUGGUAAUAAUAACGUUUUAUUUAAGUCACGUCGAAGCACAAAUGAUGUAUUAUGUGAUACAGGAAAAUGUUUUAAUAUAGAUCGCGAUAAGCCGGACUAUGAAACUGCGGAGUUAGCAAUCAAUACUAUUGGAGAGUUAAUGCCCGAUAUUGUUAGAGAUGGAAAAUUAUUAAGUGCUGAUAAAGACGUAGCGAGCAGGGAGAAGAUGAUGAACGAACUGAAAGCACUCUGUAAAGCAACCAAGAACAUCUGUGACUCCACAGAUAACGGGAACUUGAACGAUGUUCACGGUGCUGCCUCUAAGUUUGCUGCUUCAUCUGGCAAAUUGUUCUACGUGUUUAAUCCUCGAGCAAGACGUGAUAAUGAACAUAAGAUUGCAGAUAUAUCGUCGUCAGUGGAUGAGAAAGCCUCUCAGCUGAUGGCAGCAGUACAGGAUCUGUCGCAGCGAGUGGAUGCUGAAGCCGCCGUCGACCUGGAGAUUGCGGGGAGUAAAGCGGCCGAUGCUGCUGCCGCGCUACAUACCGCUGUAUCGGUCACGGCACCGUAUAUAGAGGACCCUCGCUGCCAGGAGGCUCUUCUUUCUGCGAUAGACUCCUCAUCACAUGCUAAUCAGAAUCUCAGUUUAGCAUGGAUGAAUUUAUUGAAGAAUCCACGUUACAAAGAUCUAGGAGACAGUCUAGAUGAAAAACGUCUGCAACUGGAACGAGAACUGGAUAGGUUAAGGAAAGCUUGUCGAGAUAUCGGUGCAGCGCGCCGUGCGUCAGCUGAGCGCUCGCUCGACGCCGGCCGUAGGCAUGUACUCGUAGGUACCUAUCUACACGGGUCACUGGCCGCUCAUUUUGUUAGAUUCGAACUAGAUUUUCUGCCAUGA